AUGAAAUUUCGUUUCGAUUUGAUGAGAUAUGUUGCAGCGAUUACGAUUGGUCGUUUGGGAACGUACUGUGCCGAAGAAGUUGCCCCUCAUCUAGAUUUCGUUUUCCUGUGUGAUGCGAUUGCCUCGUGGUCAGCACCAAAGCCUGAGCUAAAGGAGAUGUUUUCACGGAUCCUGAACGGCUUUCGAAGUCAAGUUGGCAUUGAGAACUGGACGGCGUUCACAGCACAGUUCCCACCACCAUUGCGGGAGCGUCUUGCUGCGCAGUACAACGUUUGA